AUUUACCCUGGGCAACUCUUCAACAAAUGUCACAUAAAUUACCAAAUUCAAUCCCCGAUUUUCCUACAUAUGGAUUACUUCCUAAGGAGGAAACUGAAUCUGCAUCAUUUUUGAAAAAACAUCCUGAAUAUGAUGGUCGUGGCAUUACUAUUGCCAUAUUAGACACAGGAGUCGAUCCUGGUGCCGCUGGUUUACAG